UUUAUGGUAAUUCAGCUUCUGGGCCCUCUUUAAAGACCGUGACCGGAGUGGGUCUGCUGGGUUUUGAGUUCAGAAUCAGGACCGCCGGGUGAGGGUCUGGGCUGAGAGAGAGACGGAGGAGGCGCACAAGAUGAGGACUCAGACAACACUGCUGCUGCUCCUGGUUUCGGCCUUCACAUCCGCCACAGCCAUUCGAGCAAGAAGUCACUUCACUCGCUACAAAUCAUGGAACACGCGCAUGUACCCUGUGUGGAAGGACGGAGACCCCAGAUUCAGAAACUGCUGGUCUGGUGGUGAAGUGACUUUUGAUCUGAAGAAUGAUGCGCCCACAUUGACUGGAGCCAGAGCAACGUUCAAUAUCAAUAUUAAUUUCCCACCGAACCAGACCGUGCUUGCGGAUGGGCAGGUGGUCUGGGCACGUAAUUGCACCGUGAAUGGACGACAGUACCAGCAGGGUCAGCCAGUGUAUCCAGACCAGGAAACUCAGGCCCUGCGAGUGUUCCCAGACGGAACGCCAUUCCGGAGCCAGAGAAAAAAACCUCACUACGUGUUUGUGUGGAAGACCUGGGGUCGAUACUGGCAGGUGGCAGAUGGUCCCUCCUCCUCGCUGACCAUUGGGACAGACAAUGUUCCCCUGGGCUCCUACAACAUGGAGGUGGUCAUCUAUCACUGCCGUGGCAAAGACAAGUUCAUCCCUCUUGGUUACGCCUCCACCAACUUCAUCGUCACGGACCAAGUUCCCUUCACCAUCUCACUCGCCCAAGUAAACGAUGUGAACCAGGACGACACAAACUUCAUCCAGAACCGAGCCAUCGCCUUCAACGUCAUGGUUCAUGAUCCCAGCCUAUACCUCAACAAUGCUGACAUCAGCUUCAGCUGGGACUUCGGAGACAACAGUGGAACCCUCAUCACCAGGGAGCGCACGGUGACACACACUUACCUUGCUGUCGGAACAUUCAAGCCUCAGGUGGUUCUGAUGGCCAGCAUUCCCAACGGCUGUGGAAUCCCAACCGCCGUGGUCCCUGUGGACCCCUCCGCUGCCCCAGUCGUAGUCGUGACCGCAGCGGCUGAUCCGGCAGAGGGAGGAGAUGCGAUUGCCCUGGAUGUUCCGGCGUCUGAUGCCACACCUGUAGCUGAAGGUGCUAACCCUGAUGACGCUGCUGCAGUUGUUGAUGCAGACACAGAAACAGCAGUGAUCGACGCUGCAGCGGAAGACCCUGCCGCCGAUGUUGCUGCUGAUGACACUGCUGCUGCAGAUACUGCAGAUGCUGCUGCCAAUGAUGUUGCCACUGCAGAUGCCACUGCUACAGAUGUCGCUGCGGCUGAUGCCACUGCUGCAGAUGCCACUGCUACAGAUACCGCUGCUGCAGAUGCCACUGCUGCAGAUGCCACUGCUACAGAUGUCGCAGCAGCUGAUGCCACUGCUGCAGAUGCCACCGCUACAGAUGUUGCUGUGGCUGAUGCCACUGCUGCAGAUGCCACUGCUGCAGAUGCCACUGCUGCAGAUGCCACUGCUAUAGAUGCUGCUACUGCAGUCGCUGCCGAAGACGCUGCUGCUGAAAACGCUGCUGUUGAAGAUGCUGCUGCCGAAGACGCUGCUGAAAAUGCUGCUGAGGAAGAUGCUGCUGCUGAAGACAUUGCUGCCGCAGACACAGCUGCCGCAGAUGCAGCUGCCGCAGACGCAGCUGCCGCAGACGCAGCGGCAGGUGAAGUCGCCACUGCAGAAGAUGUUGAGGCCGCAGAUGUUACUGAGACAGCAGCAGACAACAACGUUGUGACUGAUGCACCUGCUUCAGUGGCUCCUGCUGGAGAAGGCAUCGAUGCAGUAGAAGCUGAGGCUGCUACCCCAGCUGCUGAAGAACCUGUGGAGCAGGAAACCGAAGCAGCUGCUGAAGUCCCUGUUGAUGCUGCCACGGAGGGGACAGUUGUGGAGGAGACAGACGUGGUGGCAGAUGAAGAAACAGUGGAAACUGUGAAUGAAGUUGCCGAUACUGUAGCUCCUGCAGAACCAGAGGUGGAGGGAGAAGCGGCUCCCACUGAGAUUGCACUGGUUAUUGCCAAGAGACAAGCACCCGAGCUGACUGCUGACUGCAUGGUCUAUCGCUACGGCUCACUGUCCACCACCAUCGACGUUGUCCAGGGUAUCGAGAGCGUGGAGAUUGUACAGAUGGCGAAUGUUGUGUCACUGGAAACAGAGAUGGACCAGAACGCUGUCGACGUGACCAUUUCCUGUCAAGGAAGUCUGCCCAGCGAGGUCUGCACCGUCAUUUCGGAUGCCGACUGCAUCACUCCAGUGGAAACCGUGUGUAGUGUAGCUAUGCCAUCUCCAGACUGCCAGAUGAUCCUUCGCCAGUUUUUCAAUGACUCUGGUGUUUUUUGCCUCAACGUGUCUCUGACCAAUGAUGUGAGUCUCGCAGUGACCAGCGCCCGAGUCAGCGUGAGCGUAGCCUCCGGCGGCUCCCCGGCUGGAACUGCUGCCACAGUCCUGGGAAUGAUGGUCCUGGCCUGUGUGGUCUGCUGCGUCGGCCUGAUGUAUAGGCGGUUCAAGCAGUACCAGCCUCUGCGUGAGGACCACGAUGGCGGUAACAACGGAGGCGUCUCAACAAUAACAUCUGUACCUAUGAUGUUGUGGAACCUGCUAAGUCGGCAGUCUCCAGGCGAGAGUCGCCCUCUUCUUCAAGGAAGAAUCGUCUAAAUGUUGUGUCAUCGUGGUGUUCGCUGAUAUUCAUGAGCGCUUGGAACACAAGGCUGUAGCAUAGCAACGCACUGUCUGACUGCCCUGUAAGAUAUUUAAGGAUUUUAUGUUAUUAAACUAAAUGUAUAAAUUGGCACAGAUAAAAAAAAUAAUUCUGAACAAAAUUCUCAUCAAUUUUUUUUCAAAUUAAAGAAUAUUAAAAGCAUAUUUUGUCACCCUAAGCUUGUAAACUAUUCUUUGUUUUUAUAUUGUUAUUCUGAGGCUAGUACGUUUUUGUUAAAAUACUGGACUCAGGAAUGUGUUUGUUUUGUUAUGGGCAAAACAGAGUAUCAUGCCUGGCUCUCAGUUCUAUUACAGAGAUUGGCUGACUUGCAUCAGGCUGUUGUCAGGAUGGCGCUGUAGAUACAUCUUGUGACACAACGCUGAUCAUGAAAAAGGCUUUAAUGGAUAAAGCUAAGUGACAGGGAGACCAGGACUAGCAGACUUGUAAUGGGAAAGUCGUGCUGCAUGUUGCUUAGAAGGAUGACACCAGGGUUUUCAUUAUUGUCAUGAGGCAAUUUAACCUAAAAUAUCAUUCAUGGCUCAUUUUAUACAGUAUAGGCAUCAGUGGCGAUACUCCCGUAAGUACACUUGUGUCCACUAUAACACUUUGUAUACAGCAUUGCUUUGAGUCUGUGGUUUAAAAGUGUCUUACAUCUCAUGUUGUAUGUUCUACAGAAACAAUAAAAGUACUUCACUUUGUGUUUAACUAUUUCAAGUCCAGCUUGACUACAAUGCACCUCUGAAUACCUCUUAACUUUCGGCGCUAUCACAGCACAUAUUUGUAUGUUUAAAUACACCAGGUAUUUAUCUGUGAUUAUAUAUGAUACAUUCGAACAAAAUACCAUGAGUCUAAAAA